AUACCACCCGUCUUUCUCAGCCUGACCCAUCAUUCCAUCAACCUCUAGCUCGAUUUGUAGGCGGCCAAAAGUGUGUUCAAAAUUCAAAUUCUUUGUGGGCCUUUAAAGUCAGCUAACGUGUAGUUUCGGGUCAAUGCCCCUACUAGAAGAUGAUACAGCUCUUGGUGUUCUCCUCCCCGUCCCAUCUGCAACUUGUGAAACACUACUUUAAAGCUGUUGUGAUCAGCAGGCGUUUCAACAAAUGGGCAUUCUUUCAUUCAUUUUCAUUGGAGUUUACUUCUUAAAAAUCUCAAUUUUAGCUGAUUCCAUUUCCAGCCAUGGAGGAUAUGAAUUGGGUUUCUUGAGUAGACCAAAGGGUGUUCAUAGGAGGAGUCUUUUGGCCUCAACUUCUGGAGACUAUUGUGACAACAAUGACCUUUGUGGCUCCAAUGGAAUGUGUGUCAUCAGCAAUUCACCGGUUUGUACUUGUUUAAAUGGGUUUGAACCCAAGGCACCAGAAAAAUAUAACUCUGGGGACUAUUCAGGUGGUUGUGUCCAGGCUCAACCUUCCAACUGCCAAAAUAAGGAUGAUGGGUUUGAGAUAUAUGCUGGGGUCAAAUUGCCAGAUACCACAGAUUCUCGGGCUAAUCAGAGUAUGAGUGUAGAGGACUGCAGGGAAAAUUGCUUGAACAACUGUACUUGUGUGGCUUAUGCAAGCUCUAGUGUCAAUGGCUGCACUAUCUGGUUUGGUGAUUUAAACAACAUUAGGAAGCUUUCAGAUGGUGGGGAGGAUCUGAACGUUCGAAUACCUGCUUCAGAAUUAAAGAAAAACCACUCACUUAAGACAAAGAUAGCGGUGAUUGUUGCAUCUGUUGUUGCGGUUGUCAUUGGGAUGCUCUUGGUUGCGUAUUGCAUUCACAGGAGGAGAACAAAAUUCAAAGAGAAAAUGGGAAAGAAUGGAAUGACGAAUCAGAACUAUGAUGGACAGAACGAAGACAUCGAGCUACCAAUAUUUAGUUUGUCCACAAUAGUCACAGCCACUGAUAACUUUUCAUUCAACAUGAAACUUGGAGAAGGUGGCUUUGGGCCUGUAUACAAGGGUAGUCUAGUGGAUGGGCAAGAAAUUGCUGUGAAGAGACUCUCACGAAGUUCAGGGCAAGGACCAACCGAGUUCAAAAAUGAAGUACUACUAAUAGCCAAACUUCAGCACCGAAAUCUUGUAAGGCUCCUAGGUUGUUGCAUUGAGGGAGAAGAAAGAUUGUUGAUUUAUGAAUACAUGCCCAACAACAGCUUGGACUUCUACCUUUUCGAUGAAAAUCGAGCAAGACUAUUGGCUUGGCCUCAACGCUUUCACAUUAUCUGUGGGAUAGCCAGAGGUCUUCUUUAUCUACAUCAAGACUCCAGAUUGCGGAUUAUUCAUAGAGAUCUUAAAGCAAGUAAUGUUUUGCUUGAUAAGGAGAUGAACCCAAAAAUCUCAGACUUUGGCAUGGCUAGAACAUUUGGAGGAGAUCAGACUGAAGGAGUUACAAGAAGAGUUGUUGGAACCUAUGGUUAUAUGGCACCAGAAUAUGCAAUUGAUGGUAAAUUCUCUGUAAAAUCGGAUGUUUUUAGUUUUGGCAUUUUAUUGUUGGAAACAUUAAGCGGGAAGCGAAGUAGAGGAUUUUAUGAUCCUGUUCAUAACCUUAACCUCAUUGGACAUGCAUGGCGAUUGUGGAAAGAAGGAAGAUCUUCAGAGUUGAUCGAUGGAUGCUUAAGGGACUCCUGCAGUCUGUCAGAAAUCUUGUGUUGCUUCCAUAUUAGUCUUUUAUGUGUGCAAGAGCUUCCUGAGGACAGGCCAAAUAUUUCAACCGUGAUUCUCAUGUUAGGUGGUGGUUCUGCCUUGCCUCUGCCCCAAAAACCAGGUUUUUUCUGUAGAAGUUCAUCUGAAGCAGAUUCUUCUUCCUGUGUGAAUGCAACAUCUUCAAAUUUUCCCAGCCUGCCCCAUCAACUUGUAGCUCGAUUUGUGGGUCCAAGAAGUGUGUUCAAAUUCACCAAACGUGUACUUUCGGGUCAAUACAGCUCUCUCGGUUGCCCUCCCCAUCUCGUCUGCAACUUGUCAACUAAAAUGGGCAUUCUUUCAUUCAUUUUCAUUGGAGUUUACUUGUCCCUGUUUUUGUUAAAAAUCUCAACUUUAGCUGAUUCCAUCCCCAACCUUGGCGGCUAUGAAUUGGGUUUCUCGGGUAGACCAAAGGGUGUUCACAGGAGGAGUCUCUUGGCCUCAACUUCUGGAGACUACUGUGACAACAAUGACCUCUGUGGCCCCUAUUCAAUCUGUAUCAUCAGUAGUUCACAGGUUUGCAAUUGUUUGAAAGGGUUUAAGCCUAAAGCACCAGACAAAUUUAACAAUGGUGAAUAUUCAGGUGGUUGUGACCGCACUGAAGCUUUGAAUUGCCAAAAUAAGGAUGAUGGGUUUGUGAAAUAUGCUGGGGUGAAGUUGCCAGAUACUACAGAUUCUCGGGUUAACCAGAGUAUGAGUCUCGAGGAAUGCAGGGAAAAUUGCUUCAACAACUGUUCUUGUGUGGCUUAUGCAAGCUCUAAUGUCAAUGGCUGCACUAUCUGGUUUGGUGUUCUAAACAACAUUAGGAAGCUUUCGGAUGGUGGGGAGGAUCUGAACAUUCGAAUACCUGCUUCAGAAUUAAAGGGAAACCACUCACCUAAGACAAAGAUAGCUGUGAUCUUUGCAUCUGUUGUUGCGGUUGUAAUUGGGCUGCUCUUGUUUGCUUAUGGCAUUCACAGGAGGAGAAUAAAGUUCAAAGAGAAAAUGGGACAGAAUGGAAUGACUCAUCAAAACUAUGACGGACAGAAUGAAGAUUUAGAGCUGCCAAUAUUUAGUUUGUCCACAAUAGUCACUGCCACUGAUAACUUUUCAUUCAACAAGAAACUUGGAGAAGGUGGCUUUGGCCCUGUAUACAAGGGUUGUCUAGUGGAUGGGCAAGAAAUUGCUGUGAAGAGACUCUCACGAAGUUCAGGGCAAGGACCAACCGAGUUCAAAAAUGAAGUACUACUAAUAGCCAAACUUCAGCACCGGAAUCUUGUAAGGCUCCUAGGUUGUUGCAUUGAGGGAGAAGAGAGAUUGUUGAUCUAUGAAUUCAUGCCCAACAACAGCUUGGACUUCUACCUUUUUGAUGAAAAUCGAGCAAGACUAUUGGCUUGGCCUCAACGCUUUCACAUUAUCUGUGGAAUAGCCAGAGGUCUUCUUUAUCUACAUCAGGACUCCAGAUUGCGGAUUAUUCAUAGAGAUCUUAAAGCGAGUAAUGUUUUGCUUGAUAAGGAGAUGAACCCAAAAAUCUCAGACUUCGGCAUGGCUAGAACUUUUGGAGGAGAUCAGACUGAAGGAGUUACAAGAAGAGUUGUUGGAACCUAUGGUUAUAUGGCACCGGAAUAUGCAAUUGAUGGUCAAUUCUCUGUAAAAUCCGACGUUUUUAGUUUUGGCAUUUUAUUGUUGGAAACAUUAAGCGGGAAGAGAAGUAGAGGAUUUUAUGAUCCUGUUGAUAACCUUAACCUCAUUGGUCAUGCAUGGCGAUUGUGGAAAGAAGGAAGAUCUUCGGAGUUGAUUGAUGGAUGCUUAAGGGACUCCUGCAGUCUGUCAGAAAUCUUGUGUUGCUUCCAUAUUAGUCUUUUAUGUGUGCAAGAGCUUGCUGAGGACAGGCCAAAUAUUUCAACCGUGAUUCUCAUGUUAGGUGGUGGUUCUGCCUUGCCUCUGCCCAAAAAACCUGGUUUUUUUGGUAGAAGUUCAUCUGCAGCAGAUUCUUCUUCAUGUAAGAAUGCAACAACAUCUUCAACUAACGAUGAAACAUCUUCAAGUAUGAAUUAUACAUAUUCAAACUAUGACUCUACAAUAACAGUAUUGGAGGGUCGAUAAGAUUCACUCAACUGCAAUUUUGUAGCAUGUAAGUUGAAACCAUUUUGUAAGAAAAUAGUGGAAGUACAUAAAAAGUGAAAUUAUUUCGAAAUGCACCUUGAAAA